CUGAGCGGUGGGAUCCGCACGGACAGAGAGCGCGAAUAGACACACACCUGUUGCAAACUCAACGGAGUCUGACUCGACUUUUUAUUUUAACCGGUCAUUUUAUGAGGCAAACGUUUUGUUUUUAUGUAUUUGGGAGAAAAAGAAAAACAUUUUUGAGGUACAUUAUCAAAAACCUUUCGAGAUGUUUUGUUAAUUUUGGGCAGAAUGUUGGUUUCUGCCUUCCCGUGCUCUGUUCGAAGGUGGUUUGCUUAACUAACUAACUAGCAGGUUUGUUUCGUUAACAACAUAUAAAUAACGACGAUAUAAUAAUGAUUUGGAUAGAGUAGACAGACUGCUUUUCACAACAGUGAAAUGUAGCCCACAGCAGGAAAGGAAAACUGCCUUUUUAUAUUUCGGAAAAACCUCUUCGCAAUGAAAACGUGUGACUUUAACGUCUUUUAAGAGCCCGGUCGUUAGGUUAUCCUUCAUUCGGAGGAUAGGUUAAAGUUUUCAUUUUAAUUGAAGGUGAACUUGACAAAGUGUGGACACUGUGUCUUUUCUACAUGGGGAAGAAAAAAAAAAUCGUCCCGAAGAUGAGUAAGGACACCGAGAUAGAAAUGAAGGCUGUCGUGUUGAACGAGUUAGACCAGGGAGAACUACGGAUGACCGGCGACGGACCGGGGGCUGAGCGUGAAGCUGGAGGUCCUAGAUGAGGCUGUCAAGUUUACCGGGCUGUCGAAGGAAGAGCUCAUGAAAGUUGCUGGCACACCAGGGUGGGUGAGGACUCGCUGGGUUCUCCUGAUUCUGUUCUGGUUGUGCUGUGUGGGGAUACUGGCUGAAGCCAUAGUGAUCAUCGUCCCCCAGGUGUAAACCCAUACCUGAGAUGAACUGGUGGAACCAGGGUCCUCUCUAUCAGAUAUCUGACCUGGACGCCUUCAACCACGACAAGGGAAUCAAAGUCUGCUGCUAAACACAGGCUGGGUUUGGGUGUAGAUGGCGUGCAGGUGUCCGGCCUCGCUGCUGCCAGCUCCUCUCCUGAUUGGUCCAAGGUCCAGGGCGUCCUCCAGGACAACACUACAGAACAUGAUGUGAAGAAGAGACCUGGGUCUUCCACAGCAGGCUAAAGUCAAGCUGAGUUCAGACCCUGAAACCCUGACUGCAGACAUCUCUGUCUCGCUGGAUAAACUGCUGCUGGGACCAGCUGUCCUGUUGACCUUCCUCUUUGUUUAGGAGGAGGCUGAAACAGAGGCCAGACUACAACAGGCCAGAGUGGCAUCUGAGAACCUGUUCAAACCUUGACCAGAGCCCCGAGACGAGAAACACGCCCAGAGAGACCAGAGACUACCCCAUGGCCGACCGAACGUCCCUCCAACCUCCUAUCCCCCAGCCUUACCAGGACCCAUACCUCCAGCAUCACCUCCACCACCGCCCCUUGGAGCCCCAGACUCCCCUGGAGCAAUACAGAGGGACUGGAAUAGGGGCGGCACCCAGGACCACUCUCCCUGAUUCAAGCCUCUAUUCUGGGGGGAGCAACGAGAGGUACAAGGGUGUGGGUGGUGGAAGAAGUGGUUAUGUAGACAUUCAUGGACAUAGCAGAGGUGAUAACUGUAGUGAUGUUGAUGGUAGAGAUGGUUAUUUUGGAGCGCAGAAAGCUAGCUACUGUAAUAGGGGGGUUUUGGACGACAGUGUAGGUCAAGGGGAACAUUUCGGCAACUAUUUUGAAGGUCCGAGCCUUGGCUAUGCUAGCCAAAGGGAUGACGGCUGCGAUGGGGAUGACAGCAGCGCCAGCGGUAGUGGUGGUGAUACGUACCACAGAACGGAUGAGGGCUGUAACAGGGAUGACGUCUUUCACAGAACGGAUGAAGGCUGUAAGAGCAGUAGGGAUGAUGUCUUCUACAGUAACAGUAGAGAUUACGGGUGUGAGGAGAAAACGGAAGAGGGGUCGAACACUAGGGAUGAGGCCUUUCACAGAACGGAUGAUAUCAGGAAUGACGUCUUUCCGGGAACGGAUGAGGGCUGUAACAGGGAUGACGUGUUCUACAGAACGGAUGAGGGCUGUAGUAACAGGGAUGAUGUGUUCUACAGAACGGAUGAGGGCUGUAACAGGGAUGACGUGCUCUACAGUAGAGAGUAUGUGUGUGAGGAGAGGGGAGAUGGUAGUGAUGGUUAUAGAGAUAGCGGUAGCCAUGAUGGUGGCAAUAAUACAACUGAUUAUCUCUAUAAUCGUACUGCUAGCUUUGGCUAUAGUGUGGAUAAUACAGGAAUGAAGAAUAGUUUGAGAAGGGUUGACGAUUUUGGAGGAGACUGUGAUGAUUUCGGGGGUAGAAGGUCGAACUUGGAUCCUCUAGAGGCCCAGUUAAAGCCUGGGUCUUGGGUGAGUCCUACUCCCCCAGAUCGUGGUGCUGUGGCUGGGGAGGGAAGGGAGAGAGGUGGGGGGUAUCCCCAGGACUGGGCCUUUCUAUACUCCCAUUCCCAGGCAGCAGGUGGUGCUGGUGGUAGGGUUUACCAGCAGAAACUGGACUCCUUCUCUGAGGCAUUCUCCUUCAGACACAACGUUGCUGGCAGCAGAAUUCUGAAUUCUGGGAAUUCCAGAAGUGGGAUUUUGGGAUUGGGAGGAGGAAGCACAGUACGGAUCAAAACAAGUGCUUAUGAUUCGCACACAGACUCAUCCACUCUUCCUUCACCUCCUACUCCUCCUCCUCCUUCGCCUCACCCCUUCCCCCAGGUCCUUAGCCCUCCUCCCACACCCCUCCCCCCUCAUUCCCUCUCCCCUCCUAAACUCACCCCACCACCCUCUGUCAGGACAGUUGGACUCACCCAGUCCUCAGGGGGGGGUUGUAGUGGAACAGUCCAGUUUUACCCCUCCUCUCUCCAGCCACUCCACUCCUCCCACCCCUCGGCCGUUGUGUGGAAGCUCCCGCUCUCUCAUUGGCUGCAGCAGUCAGGUGACGUGGGCGUCGUCGAGGGCAACCCCUCAAACUCCGGCUACGUAUACUGCCAGGAGGCGGUGUUUCCUGGGAGACCGGGUCACCAGGACAACGGGAAUAAUACAGAUCACUAUAGUCUUCAAACUCUGGUAGAAUCCUCCUUUACCUCCACCCCAGCCUUUCACUCCGCCCUCCACCCCUCCUCUCUUCCAUCCCAGCCCCCCAUUGGACAGAAUGGAACAGCACCCCUAGAGGUGCAUAAAGGUACUCCCUUCCCUAGUCUGCUCCAGUCUAGUAGAGGAGGAGGAGGAGGAGGGCAGAAGGGGGUGGAGCGGUUAGGGAGAGGGCUCCACUACACCCCUCUACCUAUGCUGAACCCCAGACGCAGAGGAACGGGGAUCCUCUCCUCCCUCAUGCCCCCUUCAGUCAGGGAACGAGGGAUGGGAGGGAUGACUGAAGAGGAGGAGGGAUAUUCUAUACCUCCGUGUAUCAACGUGGGUCCAGGGUUCCAGGCUGAGCUGCCAUGUUGUCUAGAGAGGGAGGAAGAGUCCAGGACAUGGCCAGAGGAAUCAGCAUCCAAUGAGGAGUUGCUCUGGAAACCGUGGGAGGAGCUUGGGAAGAGUUCUGUCAUCCAGGACCAAGUGGCUGCAAUGUUGUCUGUGUGUAGUUCUAGCUGUCUACCAGGAGGGGGCAGCAACACAGAGCUGGCCCUACACUGUCUCUACCUCUGUCAUGGAGAUACACUGGCCACACUGGAGAAGUUGCUCUUCUCUACUCCAUCAUCAGCAAGAGACUACCAUUAUGCUGGUAGUGAUGUGUGGCUGCAGACUGAGAGGUGUCUGUUCAGUAAAGCGUUGACAAGCCAUGGAAAAGACUUCCCUCUCAUCCAGCAGAUGGUGAAGACGAAGUGUGUGUCUCAGUGUGUUGAGUUCUACUAUCUUUCCAAGAGACUUCCUGACAAACAGAGAAAACAGAGGGAGCAGGAACAGAUGAGUGUGGUGUCCCUCCCUAAACCGAUGGAAGUAGUGGUUCCAGCCCCGUCAUUGGCUACCAGCUUCCCCUGUAAGCAGUGUGGAAAGAUGUUCUACAAGAUAAAGAGUCGUAACGCCCAUAUGAAGAUCCAUCGGCAGCAGCAGGACGACUGGAGACACCCAGGCCUCGGCCUCAACCCAGCCCAGAACCUCACCUCCAACCUGGGCACCAAUCUACCCCAUUGCCAGGCUUCAGGUCGGGCCUAUCUCCCAGGCCCCAUCAACAACAACAGCAUUCACCAUAUUGGUGGUGCUCACACCAUCAUCAGCGACAUCAGCGUUCCGAACACCAAUACCGUAACCAAUAGCAACAGUGUCACUGUCAAUGACUCCACCUCUAAUCAGAGGGGACCCGCUCCCCUCCUCUCUCUCCACCACUCGUGGGACUCGUUUCAGGUGAACUCUGACCCUGCGGCGGUAUUCUUCUGUGACCCGGAAGUGAAAGCUGUGCUCGGAGUCAUGGCGGGAGGGGUGAAAGGUCAAAUCUUGUGGAAUUAGCAUCAGAGAUACAGUAUAAAAUGACCAGAUGGUCUUGUCUCAGCCCUAACAAUGGGAGACAUUGUCGCGAAGACAGAAAGGCAGGCGAGAGGAGGCGAGAUGAGAUGAGAAUAUUCUAGCCAAUGAGAAGGCAGAUACGAUCAGGUGGGAAUAUUCUAGCCAAUGAGAGGACAGAUACAACUGUGAACAAUAGACACAACUCCAAUAUAAAAGUUUUUCUUAAAGUUGCCAAGAUGUUGUGCAUCCACUUAUAUCAGUAUCUCCGUAACAACCUAAACAUUACGAAACUUCUAUUCGAUCAAAUAAGCCUUACUUAACAAAUUAACAACACUAUCUCAUAAACCUUGAUACAAAAAAAAUCCCCAUUUUGGUCUGCUUAUCGCUAUAUUCUCUCUGUCAGAUUUUGACGGGAGUGGAGCCUCUCACUCAGCCUCUUCCUCUCUGGUAGUAUUCUAGAAUCAGAACAGACAGACAUAAUUCACUUCCUUUCUGUACUGCUUGGUUUUGGUACGGUCAAAGACGUAAAUAAAGAGUUUUUGUACAUUUGUACAGUUUUUGGAUUUGUAUUUAAAUACUUUGAGUUGCUUUGCGUUUCAUAAAAAAAAUUAAAAAAUAAAUAAAUAUAUAUUUGUG